GAAAAAAUGAUCAAUGAAAGCUACUUUGGUGGAUUUAUACUCCUUGGAUUCUCUGGACAGCCUCAGCUGGAGAUGAUCAUCUCUGGGAUUGUCUUUUUCUUCUACACCAUUGCCUUGAUGGGAAAUACAGCCAUCAUCCUGCUGCCAUUGUUGGAUGAACGUCUCCAAACCCCCAUGUAUUUUUUCCUUAGAAAUUUGGCCGUCUUGGAUCUCUGUUACACCACAAAUACGGUCCCACAGAUGUUGGUCAAUGUCUGGGGUAAAGACAAGAAAAUAACCUUUGGUGGCUGUACCUUUCAACUUUUCACUGAUGUGGCACUAUGCACAGUUGAAUGUAUGCUUCUAGCUGUGAUGUCUUGUGAUCAGUUCAGUGCUGUCUGCAAGCUUCUACACGAUAUGAACAUAAUGAACCCCCAGCUCUGUCAAGGCCUGGUGGCUAUGACUUGGGGAAUUGGUAUCACUAAUUUCAUUAUUCUUUCCCCCUAUGCCAUAAGCCUUCCUCAGUGUGGAAACCAUCACCUGGGUCAUUAUUUUUGUGAAAUUUCUGCCAUGGUCAAGAUUGCAUGUGUAGACACCACAGCCAUGAAGGAAACUUUAUUUGCGUUGUGUUUUUGUAUUUUCCUUGCACCACUUCUUCUUCUUCUAGUUUCGUAUGGCUUCAUUGCUGUAGCUGUACUCGAAAUUAAAUCUGCAACAGGAAGACAAAAAGCUUUUGGGACCUGUUCUUCCCAUCUCAUUGUGGUAUCCAUCUUCUGUGGGACUGUUAUCUACAUGUACAUACAACCAGGAAACAGUCCAUCUCAGUACGAGGGUAAACUUCUCAGUAUCUUUUAUUCCAUUGUUACUCCCAGCUUAAAUCCACUGAUAUAUACACUAAGGAAUAAGGAGUUCAAGGGAGCCAUAAACAGGCUAGUUGGAAAAGAAAAAGGUUCUGUAGAAACAACAGGACACUAA